CUUCUCCUCUUGCUCUUUAUAUACCUAAUUGGUCCGUUACAAGAGUAUUUAGAUCAACAAUUAUUAUUAUCUAGACUAUGACCACCCAUAUUCCGCGUGCCCCGUACUCGCCAGCGGAGCUUGAGAAGCUAUACCCGAAGGACGUCGAGCUUCAAUUGGUCCAAGUUUUACUUCGUCAUGGCGAACGGAGCCCUGUGUCACCUCGAUUUCAGAAUACUGGAUUACGACCUUAUUGGCCUUAUUGCAACUCUGCCCGACAAUUCACUAGUGUUGUAAUGACUACAACGGACUGGACGAAAUGGGAUCAUCUCAAAUAUCGCCGCAGGCUGGAAACGUUCGGUAUCGAUGAUGGGCCUGUGAUCGCGUCUGGUCCAGAUGGUGAAUUCGACGGCAUCUGCCAACCAGGCGAACUCACAGACAAGGGCCGUGAAACGACACUGGCUCUUGGUCAAAGACUGCGCCAUCUCUACGUGGAUCAACUCCAUUUCAUGCCUAAACUCAUCGCCGGUAGCGACAUGAUCUAUCUACGAGCAACCCCUAUCCCACGUGCUUUGGAAUCGGUUCAGCAAGCAUUCUGGGGUUUCUAUCCUCCCAGUGCAAGAACAGCCGACUUUCCUACUCCUACCAUCGUUACCAGAACCCCAGCGGACGAGACUUUGUUCCCGAACGAUGGUAACUGCCGAAGAUUUGCCCAUCUAAGCCGUGCAUUUGCCAAAAGAGCAGCCCAAAAUUGGAACGACACAGACGACAUGGAGUACUUGUCAAGUCUCUACUCCAAGUGGAUGCCCGGGAAGUCGAAAGUAGCGGUUGACUCCCACCCAAGAGUAUCCGGAAUCAUGGACACUAUCAACGCGACCGAUGCUCACGGACCUAAGACCAAGCUCCCUAAGGAAUUCUACGACCCCAAAGCCCGCGCCAUUAUCGACAAGAUUGGCGUUGAAGAGUGGUACGCUGGAUAUAAAGAGUCGGCAGAGUAUCGCAUGCUUGGAAUCGGCGGUUUGAUGGGCGACAUCACCAGUCGAAUGAUUGGAUCCGUUGAGCGCGACGGCAACGAUGGACUUAUCGAGAUUGGCGGCAACGACGGCGACCUUGGUCGGGGUAGAGGAGGCGAGACAGAUAUCAAGCUCGCGCUUUCUGGCUGCCACGACACAACGCUUGCAGCGAUCCUUACCAGUCUUGGGGCCUUCGACGGCGAGAAAUGGCCUCCGUUCACGAGUCACAUAGCUUUUGAAUUGUUCCGCAAGAAGAAGCUCGAUAGCCCUGCCGUCAUUUCCAAAUCCGUCGCAGCCCCGCAACCUAAAUCUCAGAGCUGGUGGUCAUCCAUCUUCGGCGGCGGCAGCAGCAAAACCAACACCGACCAGUCCUCCACUAUUGCCCGUACACCAAUAACCGAACUCUCCGAGAACAAAAAGAACGAACUGCGCGGCUACUACGUACGCAUCCGGUACAAUGAUAAGAUCAUGCAGGUUCCAGGCUGCACGCCUGAUGGCAAUCAUCUUGAGGGUGACACUUCGUUCUGUACACUUGAGGCAUUCAAAUCCAUCGUCGACAAGUACGUGCCGAAGAACUGGAAACACGCAUGUGCUUCCAAUGUCGACGCCCCUGCCUUCCCUACACAAGCCGAACCCGCGGGAUACUAGAUUCCGUUAUGUUAAAUCAUUGAUCGUACACAAAGCCGAAUCUAUUGUACAUAGGAAAGGAGAUGAAAGGAUGAAAGGCGGGAUUGAACUUGGACAAUUGUGCCAAACAUGUUGAGAAUUGUCACACUGACUUCGUAUUUGCAUUCCAUGUUUUUUGAGAGUAUGAUACAAUCGGACCUUAGUCGUUUUGAAACAGGCAAAAAGUACAUACAAUGCCAAACAGUCACAUAGUCGAAUUCGAUAGUAGGGUUUAUCUUCAAUAAGUGUAUUAUCAGGCUGUAUGAGCUCAG